UCAUUUUCACGUUAACUUGAAGCGACAAGUCUCACAAAAUGAAGUCCUUUGCUGCUACCUGCUGGCGAGAACAACAAACUGGGAAGCAAGUUUAAACUCCGAAACGCUAGAGGGCGCCAGCUUUGAUAAAUUCGUUUCUCAAAUUCAAAAUCUCGCGUGAGUUCCUCCAAGUUCUCGCAUCCACUGGUACGUUCAAGAGGUAUAGUGUGAAAAGUAAAGUCGAAAAACGGAAUAUGGAAAAAAUGGCUUCAGUUUCUGGUAUAAGGACCCUUAUUCGUAUCCAUCAUUCACUCGUUCUGCAGAAGAGCUUUAGGCGUUCACUGCUACAGCUAGCAUCAACCUGCAUCACCUGGAGGCAUUGCAGUGGCAGUAAUGACCCAUUGUUGCCAUCAGACACAGAGAAUAAAUCUCUACUUGAGAACCUAUAUGUGUUGGGAGUGGACGUAAAAAUGGCGCGCCAGCGUCAACCAGGCGUUCUUCGAAAGUCCUUCACCAACGAGAUGUGCCUCGCUCAGUUCCUGCAAGAAAAAGGCGCCAGCUGCAAAGUUAUCGCCAGCAUCGUGUCCCGUUAUCCCCGCGCCAUCACACGGUCACUUGAUCACUUGGAGGAACGCUGGCAGCUGUGGAGAAACGUCUUCAACACAGACGCUGAGAUCGUGAGCAUCCUGGACCGCUCACCCGAGUCUUUUUUCCGUUCUAGUGACAACGAGGACUUGAAGAAAAACAUCGCUUUCUUAAUCUCAUUGGGAUUAAACUCCAAAGACCUUCGUCGGCUGCUGACCACAGCGCCGAGGACGUUCUCCAACACCCUGGAGCUGAACAAGCAGAUGGUGGAGUUUCUUGAAGACAUCUGUCUGGAGCUGGGUGGAAAAAAUCCUGAACAAUUUGCUACAAGUAUAAUAUCUAAAAACGUGUAUCUUCUAAUCAAAAGUACUAAAAGAAUCGGGACCAACAUUAACAAUCUGAAAACCUCUCUGAUGUUAAGUGAUGCCGAACUGCUAGCACUUCUGCAGGGAAAAGGAGCAGACAUUUUGGUCCUUUCCAACGACUGUCUGAAGAGAAACAUUCACAGCCUCGAGGAGAAGAUGUCCUUACUAGGCUUCAAAGAAAGCGACAUGAAAAAACUAGUAUUAAACUACCCCAACAUUCUCUACAUCGGCGCAGCCACUCUGAACUCCAAACUGGACUGUCUUCUAAAAGGAGGAAUAACAAUAAAGCAGAUUUUGGAGAAGCCAAAAGUUCUGGACUACAGCAUCCAGAACAUCACAGAGCGACUGAAGGAGCUGCAGAGAGUUGGAUAUGACUUUGAGAAAAAUGGCAUCAACAUCCUGGACUCCAGCAAGAAACGAUUUGUAGCAAAGAUAGAAAAACUUUCUGGAGUUUCUGAGGAGUGAAUGCAGCAGAUUUUACUGUGAUAAAAUAUAACAGAUACUCAUCCAUGUAUGGCUACAUUUAUCUGCACCCCUAGUAGAGAUGUGUAAAAAGUCUUGUGUACAGUAGGAUAAUUUUACACAAAAAAAUAUAAAAAUUCAGUCUCUAAUAUCAGUCCAUUCAAUUUUGGGAUAAAGAAAAUGCUAAGAAAUAAUUAUUUUAACAGUUCCUUUAAACGAAAAACUAAUCAUAGCCAUGUCUAUUUUUAUAAGUUGAACAAAUAUUUUAAAGAUGAUGGUGAAAGAUCCAGAAACAAAUUCAAGGCUAAUUUUUAGCAUAGCAAAAAGUGGCAUCUUAACCUCAUCAAGUUUCCAUAACAACCAUUAGAUGCCUCCAACAUGUUUGUUUGGCAGGUUUGUAAAGAAAAAGUUUUUUUCCAAAUAUAAACAUUGUAAGUUUUAUAAAACCGAGAUGUUUUAAUUGUUUUUUUUGUAAUUGGGUUUUAUAAUAACCAUCCAGGACCCAAAAUAACACAGAAAUGUUUCACCAUACACAGAAUGCACCUUUAUCCAAAGUCAUCUCAGUCCCCAAAUCUAAAUCCUAAACAAACAAAAAAACUACCUGGGAUGUUCCUAAAUGUGGUGGAUAAUGUAUUUGUGGAGGUUUCUGAGCAUUUUAUCUGUUAUCCAGCGACAAAUUUCUUUAUUUGAUGCAUUUUAUUGCAUUAUUGCUCUGUAUUCAUUAGAGUUUUAAUGAUUAUUCUGUAACAUUACAUCCACAAGUUAA